AGAAUGUCAAGUUCGGACGACAUUGCUGCACAAAAUGUGCAAAUCUGGAAAAUGAAGAGAGUCAUACGUUGGUUGGACUCCGUUAGAGGUAAUGGUACUUCCAUGAUUAGUUUGAUCUCGAACGGUAGAGCACAAAUAUCUCAAUUGAGCGCUAUGCUUACACAAGAAUAUGGUACGGCUUCAAAUAUCAAAUCACGUGUUAAUAGACUAUCUGUUUUGGCCGCUAUCACUUCCACUCAACAGCGUCUCAAGCUUUACACUCGUAUGCCAAACAACGGUUUGGUUUUGUUCGUUGGUACGAUCGUUACUGAUGAUGGAAAAGAAAAGAAGGUUUCUAUUGACUUUGAACCUCAUCGUCCUAUUAACACUUCCCUUUACCUCUGUGACAACAAGUUCCACACAGAGGCUUUGCAAGAACUGUUAGAAUCGGACACUAAAUUCGGUUUCAUCAUUAUGGAUGGUAACGGCUCUUUGUUCGGUACUUUAGCAGGUAACACCCGUGAAGUUAUCAACAAGUUCACCGUCGAUUUGCCAAAGAAGCACGGACGUGGUGGUCAAUCUGCUAUGCGUUUCUCUCGUUUACGUGACGAAAAGCGUCAUAAUUACGUUAGAAAGGUUGCCGAAGUCGCUGUUCAACACUUUAUUACAGCUGAUAAGAUUAACGUCGCUGGUUUGGUUCUCGCUGGUAGUGCUGACUUCAAGAACGAAUUAAGUCAGUCUGAUCUCUUCGAUCCAAGAUUAGCAUCCAAGAUUGUUAAAAUUGUCGACGUUUCUUAUGGUGGUGAAAACGGUUUCAACCAAGCCAUCGAUUUGUCCGCAGAAUCACUCCAAAAUGUCAAGUUCGUCCAAGAAAAGAAAUUGAUUUCAAGAUACUUCGAUGAAAUUUCUUUGGAUACCGGUAAAUUCUGCUUUGGUAUAGAAGAUACUUUACGUGCACUUGAUCUCGGUGCUGUUCAAGAUUUGAUUGUAUUCGAAAACUUGGAAGUUACCCGUCACAAAUUACGUAACGCCGCAGGUGAAGAAGUUGUUUUACACAUUAGCAAGGGUCAAGAGGAUGACCGCUCCAAGUUUAUCGAUCAGUCAACCGGUUCUGAAAUGGAGCCAAUUGGCGAGCCACAAUCAUUAUUAGAGUGGUUUGCAGAGAACUACAAAGAAUUUGGUGCAAACUUGGAAUUCGUCACAGACAAAUCACAAGAAGGUGCUCAAUUCGUUCGUGGUUUCGGUGGUGUCGGUGGUCUCUUACGUUACAAGGUCGAUUUAGCACACCUUGCUGCACUGGAUGAGGAUAACAUGUCAGAUGAAUUCUACGACUCAGACGAUGAAUGAGUUGCUUUGAACGGGCCGUCGUAUUAUACCAACUGGCCAUGCGAUAUCGGGACAAGCCAAAGCUCACGCUUUGUGUCGUAUUUGGUGAAGGAUGGUAUUAAAUAAUUGUAAUAAAAUAAAAAGAAUUUAUAAUCGAUAGUUCAACUCUUGUCUUA